GGCUCCCACAUAGUCCCACUUGAUCCAUUCAACGUCUCAAUUCAAACGACGCCCAUAAUAAUAAUUAAAUAAACAAACAGAACAAGAGAGAGCGCAUUACCAAACCCCCCAAAGAACACGUUCACUCUCGAUUUUGCCUUGCAAAUUGCGAUUUCUCUGCAGUUUCUUCCAUCCUCCAACUCUGACCUUUCUUGACGCGAUUUUGGUUUUUGUCAACUUCUUAUUGAAACCCUUCUUCAGUCUUCUCCCAUUUCCAGAGUUCUUAUAAAUUGAUGCUUUUUACAAGUCUUUCUGAACAUUCCGUUUCCUUCCUCCAGGGAAAAGUUAGCGUGUCCUUAGGUCACAUAGGAUUUUGAGAAAUUUACUUUUUAAUUUGCCUCUGAAUUAAUUCUGCAAGAAGAGAGAUAAUGUCUGGUUCAAAGAAAUCUCCUUUGAAGGUUGCUAAGCCUAGCUCUGCUGAAUCUUGGACGAAUCCAUUUGAUUCUGAUGAUGAGGGAAAGGAUAGCAAAAAAUAUAGUUCCUCUAGAAAAACUUCUUCGGAGCGCGCACUUGCUACACUGGAAGUUAACACCAACCCCUUUGAUGAUGAUAUUGAUGCCAAUAAGAAAUCUUCAUCAACUUCGUAUGCCUUUCAAUCUGCCAACCGGAACAGGUAUAAGAAUGAUUUUCGUGACUCUGGUGGAUUAGAGAAUCAAUCGGUUCAAGAACUGGAGAGUUAUGCUGUUUACAAGGCUGAAGAGACUACAAAUUCAGUCAACAAUUGUUUGAAGAUAGCAGAGAACAUAAGAGAGGAUGCUACCAAGACACUAGUCACCCUUGAACAACAGGGUGAACAAAUUACCAGGAGUCACCAUGUUGCUGCUGACAUUGAUCACGAUUUAAGUCGGGGAGAAAAGCUCUUGGGAAGCCUUGGUGGCCUCUUCUCCAAAACUUGGAAACCAAAGAAGACACGAGCAAUAACCGGCCCUGUUAUUGUUGGAGAUGAUCCGGUCAGGAGAAAGGACAAUCACUUGGAGCAGAGAGACAAGUUGGGACUGACCUCUGCACCCAAAGGGCAGUCCAAGCUACGGACCCCCCCUCCAGAACCAACAAAUGCACUUGAAAAAGUUGAGGUUGAAAAAAAGAAGCAAGAUGAUGCACUAUCAGAUUUAAGUGAUCUGUUGGGAGAGCUUAAAGACAUGGCUGUUGACAUGGGAUCCGAGAUUGAGAGGCAUAACAAAGCCCUGAAUCAUCUAUACGAUGAUGUGGAUGAGUUGAAUUUCCGAGUGAAAGGUGCUAAUCAACGUGGCCGUCGUUUGCUCGGAAAAUAAGAUUGAUUGAUUUCAUCAUUGUGUUUUUCUCUUUGUAUCCAUCAUCUGGUUUAAUGAAGGCAAUCUUUUCAUUUAGUUUAUACUUGUGUUGCAUUAUAUAUAAAAUAUGCAACAGAUUAAAUAAGUCUGGGUGCAAUACUACAUAAUUCAAUUUGUUGAUUUAUCUUGCUGGCUUUACAGGUAGAGCUUCCAUUUUUGCUCUUUA